AUGUCACUCAACGAGGUGCAUCGUCUUCAAGCCCCUGUGGUCACUGUAUUGGGUCGGGACCCGGCUCACCGCACAUGCGUUCUCAACGGGAACGCGUUCCAGCAAGACGCCAUCAUCUCCUUCAAGGGUUGGCAAUAUGCUGUGUUCUACAGUAGCUGCUCUUCCUCAGGUCUAGGUGAUGACACUCAGCGAGAACCUCUCUUCGUCUGCAUGAGUCGGCGUAAACUACCCAACUCUGAGUGGCAAACGAUAGUUUUCGACGAUUAUGACCAGACCACUGAUGAUGGCCACAAUACCGUGCAGAUGGGCAUCUGUCCAGGCGAUGGUACCAUCCACCUAUCUUACGACCAUCAUUGUGACACCUUGAGGUAUCGGCGCUCCAUCAAAGGCAUUGCCAGUGAUCCAGAACUGUCCCGAUGGACCAAAGACGUAUUCACUUCGACUCUCGAUUACAUUCCUGGCAUUACACAACCUCAUGAGAACUUCGGCUACGUGACCUACCCGCGAUUUGCUGGUCUUGGAGAUGAUCUACUGUACAUAUACCAUGCCGCAACAGGAUUGUAUGAGUAUGCUGGAAAACACCUCAAAGGCAUCCAGAAUAACCCAUACGUUCAUGGCAUGGAUCACCGUGAUGGUAAGCUACACAUCACAUGGGUGUAUCGCGGUUUCGUACACUAUGACGGAUGGGAUGAUCCUCUAGAUAUGAAACACAAGCAACAAGCCGGACCCAAUGGCGCCGAUAAUAACUAUAACAUCUGUUAUGUUUAUAGCGACGACGGGGGUUACACAUGGAAGAACGGGCACGACAAGACCAUUGCUUCGUUGAGAGAUGGAGGCUCGAUUACACCUGAUUGUCCUGGUCUUGUUGCCUUUGAUAUUCCUAAGGGGCGAGGUUUGACAAACCAAGAGGCACAGGCAGUCGAUCAGGACGGCGGGGUGCAUGUUCUCAACCGCGACACGAUGGAUGCAGAGAAUCUAUGGAAGCAUUACUAUCGAUCUCCCAAUGGCAAGAUGACGACACCCAGCUUUUUACCUAGUCCUCGACGCGGCCGCCUAGCCAUCAGCAAAACCGGUGACCUCUUCCUGAUUCUACCCGACCCUACCAACUCAUCUCUCCGUAUCCUCAAGUCAUCAAAAGCAAAAGACUACGCUGAGUCAGUAGAGGUCUGGCGUGGUGUUGGCUUCAUGGGCGAGCCGCUCGUGGAUAGCAAAAGACUCGAGGAGGAAGAUGUUUUGUCCAUCUUCGUCAUUAUCGUGUCGGCGACCUCAUCGAAAGACCGCCGAGUUGCCGUUCUUGACUUCCAGAUCUAG